GACAUACCUAACCAAUUCUGUCGAGACCCUAGCAGUCUGCAUGAAAUUCUCAGGAGAUUUGUUCGUACAAGUAGAUGUCCCCUUAUAUUUAUAAUCUCGGAUAACUUCAGUGGAGACAGCAACCAAAGGUUACUAUUCCCAAAGGAAGUGCUAGAGGAGUUCUGUAUAUCCAACAUUAGUUUCAAGCCUGUUGCACCAACAAAUAUGAUGAAAGUUCUUAAUCGGAUAGCUGCAACAGAAGCUAGUCUGAACAGAGAAAAGAGUUAUGCUCUUGAUAGAGCUUCUCUGGAGUUGCUUUGCAGAGGUUGUUCAGGUGAUAUAAGAAGUGCAAUAAACAGUCUUCAGUUUUCAUCUAUGAAAGACUGCUCAUUGGAGAAGGAGUUUUGGUCAAGGAAGAAAAAAUGUGAACAAGCAGUAUCUAAAGUAAGGAAGAAAAAUAAAUCUGAUACUUCAGAAGACCAGGACAUACAAGCUAUCGGUGGCAAAGAUGCUUCCAUCUUUCUAUUCCAUGCUCUGGGGAAAAUAAUUUACUGCAAAAGAGAAGCAGUGUCAGAAUGGGAAUUUCCUCAGCUGCCUGCUCACUUGUCAGAGUAUCGUCGAGACACCUUGCUUAUUCAGCCUGAGGAUAUUGUGGAAAAAUCACAUAUGUCUGGAAGCAUGUUUAAUUUAUACCUUCACCAGAACUAUGUAGACUUUUUUUUUGAUGUAGAUGAUAUAGUGAGAGCCAGUGACUAUUUGAGCACCGCUGAUGUCCUUUGUGGUAAUUGGAGCACACGGCCUGUGAUGGAAAAAUACAGUGCAUCUGUGGCUACCCGAGGGGUGAUACAUUCAAAUACAUCCAGAGCCUUUGCCCACCACCAAGGAGGCAUGGGGUUCCGGCCUUUACAUAAACCCCAGUGGUUUUUUAUCAAUAAGAAGUAUCAAGAAAAUUGCCUUGCUGCAAAAUCUCUCUUUUCAAGCUUCUGUUUACCACCUGAGUGUCUUCAGACAGAGCUGUUGCCUUAUCUUGCUAUGUUAGCAAAUCCAAUGAGAAACCAAGCUCAGAUUGCUUUUAUCCAAGACGUUGGGAGGCUACCACUGAAGAGACAUUUUGAGAGGCUAAAGCUUGAAAUGCUUACUGACAAAGAUCCUGGGAUACCGGACGUAUUUCUUACCUCUGAGGGGGACGAGGCCGAUGUGCAUGCUGUGGGGACAGCUCUACCAGUGAAGAAAAACAGGACGAAUGAGAAUCAAUCAGAUGGAUUCCCUCUCUCUUCUAGCCAGUGCAGUGGAAGUGAACUGCCUUGCAGUCAGCCUCAGCCUGUUGCAGCUCAAGCGAUUAUGGAGGAAGAUGAAUUAAAAAUAGAGGAAUAUGAUAGUGACUGA